CAGUUCAGCCUCCUCCCCUAAAGGGGACCGCCCGGCUGCGCUGUGCCGGAGUGGAGUACGAGGAAGAAAGUUUGGAGUGCAGAGCGGAGUUGGGCCGCCGGAGGAAGGGAACCAGAAGAGAGGGGUUUCCAGUCCAAGUUUGCGCGGCGGCGGCCGCGUCCCGGGGGUGCCUGUCCCGCUUCGCGCUGCAGCAGCCGGAAUCGAGCCCUCCCGGCGGACUGGAACUCUCGGUCCGGGUUCCAGGCGGGCGCUAGAGGCUCGACCAGAGGCCGGGGAGGAACUUCUCUUGCAAGCUGUCGCCGAGGGCCCUUAUUGUCUGCAGGAACUCUCCGGAAUCGGGAGGGGGAGGACUGGAUCGCUCUUCCACUGGGAUUCGUCAAGAGUUCCGGCGGCAGCUGCGGCGGUUGCGGAGUCUCCCUUUGUCCUCCUAGGACCUCCCUCCUUCCCGGUCUCCCUCCUUCUGUCAGUUAGUAGGUCCUGCUGACCCAGGCGCCGGCGCCCUAGCUGCUCGCAACCCCCCACCCCAGGGUGCGUCCCUGGUAACUCCUACCACCCUAGCGUCGCCACCGAGUCGAGCAGAGGGGGCUGUGAGCAGGAGGGAGUCGCAGACCCCUGGCCGCAGGAUGGUGGCGGGGCUCUCCCCGGCGCGCAGUCCCGGGAGCUGGCUGGUCCCCGGGCUGUGGCUGUUAGCUCUCAGCGGUCCUGGGGGGCUGGUGAGCGCCCAGGAGCAGCCCUCCUGCCGUGGAGCCUUUGAUCUCUACUUCGUCCUGGACAAGUCUGGGAGUGUGGCAAAUAACUGGAUUGAAAUUUACAAUUUUGUCCAGCAACUCACAGAGAGAUUUGUGAGCCCUCAAAUGAGAUUAUCUUUCAUUGUGUUUUCUUCUCAAGCAACCAUUAUUUUGCCAUUAACUGGAGACAGAGGCAAAAUCAGUGAAGGCUUGGACAAUUUAAAACGUGUUAGUCCCGUAGGAGAGACAUACAUCCAUGAAGGACUAAAGCUAGCAAAUGAACAAAUUGAGAAAGCAGGAGGCUUAAAAACCUCCAGUAUCAUAAUUGCUCUGACAGAUGGGAAGUUGGAUGGUCUGGUGCCAUCAUAUGCAGAGAAAGAGGCAAAAAUAUCCAGGUCCCUUGGGGCUAGAGUUUAUUGUGUUGGUGUCCUUGACUUUGAACAAGCUCAACUCGAAAGAAUUGCUGAUUCUAAGGAACAAGUUUUCCCUGUCAAAGGUGGAUUUCAAGCUCUUAAAGGAAUAAUUAAUUCUAUACUAGCUCAGUCGUGCACUGAAAUCCUGGAAUUACGGCCCUCAAGCGUCUGUGUGGGGGAGGAAUUUCAAAUAGUUUUGAAUGGAAGAGGAUUCAACUUGGGCAGUCGGGAUGGCCGUGUUCUCUGUACUUACACUGUUAAUGAAACAUACACAAAAAGUGUAAUGCCAGUGAGUGUGGAAAGUAAUUCUAUGCUUUGUCCUGCACCUACCCUGAAUGAAGUUGGACAAACUCUUGAUGUUUCAGUGAGCUUUAAUGGAGGAAAUUCUGUCAUCUCAGGCUCACUAAUAGUCACAGCCACAGAAUGUUCUAGUGGGAUUGCAGCCAUCAUUGCUAUUUUGGUGUUACUGCUACUCUUGGGCAUCGGUUUGAUGUGGUGGUUUUGGCCCCUUUGCUGCAAAGUGGUUAUCAAGGAUCCUCCUCCACCACCACCCUCUGCACCAAAAGAGGAGGAAGAAGAACCUCUGCCUACCAAGAAAUGGCCAACCGUGGAUGCUUCUUAUUAUGGUGGUCGAGGGGUUGGAGGAAUUAAAAGAAUGGAGGUUCGUUGGGGUGAUAAAGGAUCUACGGAGGAAGGUGCAAGGCUAGAGAAAGCCAAAAAUGCUGUGGUGACCAUUCCUGAAGAACCAGAGGAGCCCCUUAGGCCCAGACCACCUCGACCCAAACCCACACUCCAGCCUCCUCAGACAAAGUGGUACACACCAAUUAAGGGUCGGCUGGAUGCGCUCUGGGCUUUGUUGCGGAGGCAGUAUGACCGGGUGUCCUUGAUGCGACCUCAGGAAGGAGAUGAGGGUCGGUGCAUAAACUUCUCUCGAGUUCCCUCUCAGUAAAAGGAAAGCAGGAAGACCAAGAGGUAUGAAGAUGGUACAUCUUCACGAUGCAGAUUUCCAACCAAAAGAAAACAAAGUGCAUUUCAGAAGUUUUUGGAAGAGCAGCUUUAUUCCUCUCAGUCAGGAAAUGUUUUCUCUGCCUUCUGCUUUGCUUGCAUCAAACAUUUUCAAACCCUUGUUCUGCCAUCUACAUGGGAAUUGAUGAAACUCAAUGGUAACACAUGAUUCAGGACAUUAAAAAUAAAAAGGAACUUUAAUGUACAUGCUGUGGUUUAUACAAGAAAGUUUUUUUGAAUGUGUAAAAGAAAAAGAAACAAAAGCAUGAAGAUGAUAUCAAAAUAGGGAGCACAAAACAAUUGGCCCUGGUGAAUCUUUAAUGGAGAAAGGAGCAUUUUACAUGGAAACAUGGCACUUGUGUGUUUACAUGGCAAGAUUCUUAGCCAAAGGCAGAGUAUGAAAUCUCCCACCAGGCUAAGCAAAUAAAGGAGUCUAUUGCCUUAUAGCUGUGUCAGAUCACAAAAUCCUUCCAAGUCCACUACCACGAUGUGCCUUCCGGGAAGCUUCUGACUGGAAAAUCUUGUCAUUCUAACACUGAAAAGUGCACACGUAUGACAAAAUGUAGACAGGAUGCCUCAAGGUAUCAGUAGCAAGCAAGAUUUUGCCCUUUAGUUUUUGAAGGCACCUUUCUUUCAUUAUGCACUUGGGAAAAGAAGAAAAUUAAUAGAGCAUUAUUCCACAGGAAGACGGCCUCUAACUAGAGAUCUUCAGUGGAGCUUAAUGGACUCAUGAUUUGAGAACUUGUCCCUGGGAUUGGUAGAUGUACCCCUCUUUCUAUGUUUAGGGCUUAGUAGUACAUAAAGCAGUAAUAUCUGUAAACAUACCUAGGAGUUUGUUUUGCUUUUAAUUUAAAGGAAGCAGUAACCACAAAGCUUCCGCUCAGGGUAUUUUCUUCCUCCAAGUCUCCAAGGGCUCUUCAGCGUCACAAGCCAGCAACUCUCUUUGCAUGAAAAUUUCAAAAUUUAAUUAAUAUAAUUAAAGGCAACAGCAAGCAGCAGCCUGUGAAGAUUUUGCUCAUCCUUUUUAUGCCUUUUGACAUUGAAUGACCUAUUACUGUAUGCGCAUUACUUGGAUUUUGAGGGGCACUCUACCUUGGUUGUGAUUCAGUAGAGAGAAAAAAAAGGCCUCCUCUCAUCAAGUUAUAUACUAAAUUUCAGGAGGGUCUACCACCACAAAACAUCGAAAAUGUAUGUAUUAUAAUUUUUUUAGAAAAACCACCGUGUCACGUCAACAAUGCCAAAUUAUGUUAGCGUGAGCGGAAACACUGUGGGGGAGGAAGAAGGCAGCAGCUGAUGAAAAAAGCUCAAAUGAUCUAGUCACUUUCGAUACUGUACUUCAGAUGCGAAAUGGAUAUUCGACUGGAAACCUGACAAAGCGCGCCUGCUUUGAUGUGAACUGGUAUAGACAAUGACCAGUGGCUGGGUCAGUGGGAUGUCUCUCUGCGAGCACAAAGGCUUAUCAAAUGACACUAAAAAUAAGUUCAACAACCAUCACAUUGGAAGGGAGAAGGCGAACAUUUCAUGUUUGGCGGGCAUGUGAGUGCACAAGAUGGAAACAGUGAUUCGGAGCAUCCCAGUAUAAUUACCCCCAUUGCGCGCUUAAUGGAAAUUUCAAAGGAUGGGAGUGAUUCUGAUGGUUGGUGUCCAGAUUUGUUGCACUGCUCCAAUAAGCCUUGCUCACACACACAAAUUUUUAUACAUAGAUAUAUGUAUACCUAUAUAUCCUCUAGCUUGAAUCUUUUGCUCAAGUUUAUUUAUGUCACUGGCUGGCUGGAUCCAAAGUCAUGUGUCUACAUAUUCAUAAAUAAAAUUUUACCCGUG